AAAAGGGGGCGCAAGCGGGGCUUCCGUGAUGGUUCAAACCUAGCUAACGUCCUCCUCUAAACAGCCGAGAGCGCGGUUUCUUUUCCCCCGCUGACGCGCGAUCUCGGCCAUGGCUCACAAGUCAGCCGGACGUGACUACUACGCCGUUCUGGGCAUCGACCGAACGGCAGACCCGGGGGCCAUCAAGGCAGCCUGGAGGCGGCUCGCCAAGGCCAAGCACCCAGACAAGAACCCCGAUAAUCCCAACGCCACGGUGGAAUUUCAGCUUCUGGAGUCCGCGUACUCGACCUUGAAAGACUCCCGCCAGCGAGCGGCGUACGACGAGCAGCUGUCCGCGCACUCUGCCGAGCCGAAGGGGGGCAAAACGGCCGCGGGCCGGGGCUCCGGCGAGGCGCCGAAGUGCGAGACGCGGGGAGACUGGAUAAGGGACCUCGGGGAGAGGCUGGUGGCGGUGAGAGCGGCGAGGGCGCGGGCGCAGCAGCGCUUCGAGGCGGCCAACUGCGAGUACGACAACCUGCACGAGACCGCGCGAGAGACGGAGGAGCUGGGGGUGCAGCGGGGGCUCAUCGACACCAACGAAUUCGUCUUCGGUGGCGGCGGCGGCGGCCGGAAGAAGCCCAACCUCUGGGCCUCGCUCGCCGGCACGCUGGCCGGCGCCGCCAAGUCGGAGCGGCGCAAGCGCGAGGAGCGCGCGUGGCGCGAGGCGUGGGAGCAGCGGCGGGGCGACCUGCGCGCGGGGCUGCGCGCCGUCGGCAAGCAGCGGGACUGCGAAGCCGACGCUCUACGCGCCGCCUUCGCCGCCCACGCGUGCCUAGCCGACGAGCUCGCGAGCCUGGAGAGGGAGGAGCGCAUGGAGAGGCAGAGGGAAAGGGAGAGAGAGAUGGAGAGGAAGAGAGAGAGGAAGAGAGGGAAAGAGGAGCUGAGAAAGGAGCGCGAGCGCAGGACGCAUAGCUGGAGGAGGGCGAUGAGCGUGGCCGAGGAAGAGGAGCAGGACGAGGGUCGUGAGAAGGAGCGGACGGAGUGGGUCGACGACGACUACGAGUACGACCGCCGGAGGUAUCGUAUGCGCCAGCAUGAGCGAGAGGCUGAGCGCCGGAACAAAGUCUCGUCUGGAUGACGGCCGAAAAGGAGUGGGGGGAGAUAGACGGGCCGAGAUUCGACUAGGGAUUUGUAUUCAACCGACCUUUUUUUUAUCACGUCCGGCAAUUACUGGGAGAAAGAUAUCAGAGCACUGUGCAGAUGACAACAUUUCCCCCCUUUUUGGAAAAUAGGGCCUGUGUCAUUGAUGCGUCUCAGAC